CUCUAGUGAACCAUCCUCUAAUCCCCUGCCGGCCUCCCUCCACCCAAAACGUGUGCCCAUUAACCGUAAUGAGUCGGUAAACAAGUCACACCCUCUCUCCACCCCAACCCGAAAUUCCGCGUGGGAGUGAAGCCGGCCAUGGUAGAUUCUAUGCUUCCCGAUCAACCCAUUAACAAGUCUUCUUCUUUAUUCCUCUUCUUCUUCGGUUCAAAGCACCGACUCCUACACGGCCGGUGAUACAGCGAGAGCAUCGACCUUUCUACUUCAAUCUGUUGACCGUUCCAUUUCUGACCCGGGAACCAGAUCAGGUCCGAAGACCAGUUUUUACCGAAUCCGGGUAAUUCUCCGGAUCUUCCUCCAAGAAGAUCCUCCGCAGCAUCGAUAUAAUAUUCCCUUCUAUAGCGCCCAUCUUCUCCAAUGCGCACAGCGUAUAAGACAACACUUUAAAUCAAGAAGUGCCUCGCUUCGAAUCGCUAGACCGGUUCAUUGUGAUCGAUCUGAGAACCGUUGGGAGUUGGCAUUUUCUAUCCCAUGUGUUGAAGGUUCCCAGAUUUCUGACGAGCAUGUCUGCCGCUGGAGAGGCCGUGGGGCAUGUGAAUUUCCCGGCGAUGGCUGAAAAAGAACGACCCGGUUGCUGCAACCCGGUCAGGAAACCCGGACCUGUAUCCAUGGACCACGUUUUGUCAGCUCUCGGGGAGAGCAAGGAUGAGAGGGAUCUCAGAAUCCGAAGCCUGUUCAGUUUCUUUGAUUCCGACAAUGUCGGCUACUUGGGUUACGCGCAAAUCGAGAAGGGCUUGUCGGCUAUGCAGAUUCCUGCGGACUACAAGUUUGCCAAGGAGCUGCUGAGGGUGGUUGAUGCCGACAAGGAUGGGAGGGUGGAUUAUCAGGAGUUCAGGAAGUAUAUGGAUGAUAAGGAGCUUGAGUUGUAUAGCAUCUUUCAAGCAAUUGAUGUAGAGCACAACGGUUGCAUUUUACCUGAAGAGCUUUGGGAUGCCCUGGUGAAGGCUGUUUUGCAGGGAUUGAAAUUGAUGAUGAUGAACUGGCACGAUUUGUAGAACGAGUUGACAAGGACAAUAAUGGCAUUAUAACUUUUGAAGAAUGGAGGGACUUUCUUCUACUCUAUCCGCAUGAAGCCACCAUUGAGAACAUUUACCGAUACUUGGAAAGGGUGUGUUUGGUAGAUAUAGGUGAACAACCUGUGAUUCCUGAAGGCAUCAGCAGGCAUGCUCAUGCAACAAUGUAUUUGCUUGCUGGGGGUGUGGCAGGUGCUGCUUCUCGUACAGCAACUGCCCCACUGGAUCGCCUGAAAGUGGCUUUACAAGUUCAGACCGUACGUGCUUCCAGUGUACAUGUAAUAAAAAACAUAUGGAAGGAAGGUGGAUUUUUGGGAUUUUUUCGAGGAAACGGAUUAAAUGUUUUAAAAGUUGCUCCUGAGAGCGCAAUAAAGUUUUAUGCAUAUGAAAUGUUGAAAAAUGCCAUUUCAAGUGGGAAGGGAGGGGAGCACGGUGAUAUAGGAACCCCAGGGAGGCUUGUUGCUGGUGGGAUGGCUGGCGCUAUAGCCCAAGCUGCUAUAUAUCCAAUGGAUCUUGUGAAAACCCGUUUACAGACUUUUGCAUGUGAAGGUGGCAAAGUCCCACACUUGGGACAGUUAUCCAGAGAUAUUUGGGUUCAUGAAGGUCCCCGUGCAUUUUACAGAGGGCUAGUGCCCUCUAUUCUUGGCAUGAUACCAUAUGCAGGUAUCGAUUUGGCUGCCUAUGAGACUUUGAAGGAUUUAUCAAGGACCUACAUUCUUCAUGAUGAUGGUGAACCUGGUCCUCUUUUGCAACUGGGCUGUGGGACAAUUUCUGGAGCCCUAGGAGCAACAUGUGUUUACCCAUUGCAGGUUAUUAGAACUAGAAUGCAAGCACAAUCGAGGAAUGCAAAUACUGCAUACACCGGAAUGAGCGAUGUGUUCAUGAGAACGUUUAGGCAUGAAGGAGUGAGGGGCUUUUACAAAGGACUCUUUCCAAAUCUUCUAAAGGUUGUACCAGCAGCAAGUAUUACAUAUCUUGUUUAUGAAAGAAUGAAAAAGAAACUAGAUCUGGAGUAGCUAUUAAUACACCCGUCAUCCUCUUGAUGGCAACCACAAUUGAAGCUAAUGGUGUUCUUGAAUCUUGAUGAUGACGAGAAAUAAGAGUGUUAAAUCAAAUCAGUGAUGUGUCUUGGUUGAAGCCAUACACUUGAUGUUUUAUUUAUUUCCAUUUUGGAGAAGAAAUUACUUUCUUCAAGACCACUGUCUAAUUAUUAUGAUUUUGCAUCGGAAGAGUAGUAAGGAUUUAG